GGGUCGCCCUUUUGCGCCUUGGCGGGUAGGGUGCGUAAAGCCGGUGGACACUGGAUGGCGAACGAUGAGGGGAUUAACCGCCGCGUUGGUGGGUCGUGUUUUGGAUAUUGCAUCAGAUUUUGUUAUAAUAAAACGCAUUUCCGUUUCCGAUUCCACUGCAACUUGCGCAAACCAGCGCGCUGUUUAAUUUGAAAGUCAAACACUGCAGAUGCUAGAACACGGGAAAGCACCCACGAAAACUGCUGAAAAUAUGUAUUAGACAGCAUCUGUGGAAAGGGAAACAGAGAACUUUUCAGGUUGAAGACUCUUUCCAACGUUUGAAUUCUGGUUACUUGCGCAUUUGGCUUUUAGAGUUUACCGAUGCUCUCUGAAUUCACCCUGCAGUUUGAAAGUGUUGGCCAGAAAGAACAACAGUCUACAAAUCAGUGAAUUUGAAUGAAUCAAGGACAGUGGAAGCAGAUGGACCAAUUGCCUUUGUUCUUGUCAUGAUGAAGGAGAUGAAGGCUGUCAUUUUGUGAAGGCACUCUGUUCUCCAUUUUAAGUCAGUUGCUUGGCUUGAUCAGUUUUUUAAAGAAGACACAAUGAUGCUCCAGAUUAUCUGCUGGACUACAGAUAAUUUCCAAAUAAGUUAUUUGUGAUUUGUUCUUUGGUUGGAUAUAACAUACAGGUUUUUGACUGUCUUACGUGAAUCAAGCUGUUUGCUGACUGACAAUAAAGAGCCAUAAGUUAUCAAUUGUCAUCUGCGGGAAGACCCUCUUAUUGAAUGGAUGCUGGCCUGGAGCAGAGCCAAUAAAAACAUGUUAAAGGUCAGGCACAUGACCUACAACCAAUGACACUGAAAUACAAUAUCUGAAUUGGUAAGAAAUAGAUAUAAAGCAGAUGCUUCAAAUGUGCUGGAGGCAUUAACUCUGUAGGAGAACAAAUGUCAUAGAUGUGCGGUGCCCCAUGGACACGUGGAGAUUUGAAACUGGAGUACAAGGAACAUGUGGCCAGCAGCAGAAACUCCUUUUUAUGAUGACGGGGUAUGGUCUGGUUGUGAAACACAGCGAUGGCUUUCACCCUUGAGGUUCAGUCAGAAUGGCCAGGGAAGAUUCCGUUAAAUGUCUACGCUGCUCGCUUUAUGCUUUGAAUUUCCUUUUCUGGCUGAUGUCACUCUGUGUUCUGGGUGUGUCUGCGUGGAUGAGGGAUUAUUUGAAUAAUGUGCUUGUAUUGACAACAGAAACCAGGCUGGAAGAAGCAUUCAUUCUGACGUAUUUUCCAGUGAUUCAUCCCUUAAUGAUUGCAGUGUGCUGUUUUUUAAUAAUAGUUGGAAUGCUAGGCUGCUGUGGGACACUGAAGGGAAAUCCACUGCUCCUUGCUUGGUAUUUUGGUAUCCUGCUGAUAAUUUUCUGUGUGGAAUUAGCCUGUGGAGUAUGGAACUAUGAUCAGGACUAUUUGAUCUCCAUACAAAAGUCUGAUAUGCUUGGGUUAAAAUCAAGAAUGUCUCAUUUUGGUAUGGGUACAUACCAGUGGUUAACCCAUGCCUGGAAUUUCUUUCAGAGAGAGUUCAAAUGUUGCGGAGUAGUGUACUUCACAGAUUGGCUAGAAAUGGCAGGAAUGGAAUGGCCUCCGGACUCCUGUUGCAUCAGAGAAUUUCCAGGAUGCUCUAAACGAGCACAUUAUGGGGAUCGUGUUGACAUUUAUCAAGAGGGCUGUGGACAGAAAAUGUACAAUUUUUUGCGUGGGACCAAACAACUGCAAAUGUUAAGGUUUCUUGGCAUAUCCAUUGGGGUAGCACAAUUACUGGCCAUGAUACUCACUGUUACAUUCCUGUGGGCAUUGUAUUAUGACAAAAAGGAGCCACAGGCUGGUCAAAAAAAGACUACUUCCCAGCACCUUGUCUGCCAUUCAGUAGAAUUACUGAAACAAGUCCCCAGAAGCAGUGAACUGAAACAGGCAGGUGCAACAACCAGCUUUUACACACAGUUUGAGAUCGAGGAAUUGUAGCUGAACUUGGUCAAAUCAAUAGAAUGCUGAACAUAUUGGACAAGAACAACUUCGGCCUUUGCACAUCAAUUGUCUACUAAACCACCAUUCCAAGCAAAGAAACUGGAGACAGGAAAAAAAAAAUGACUUGAUGAAGUAAUCUGCAAAUAAUUUAUUUUGAUUAAGGCACUUUUAUUCUGCCGCUACAUAAGAUCUGCACUCGAGUGCCAGUCUCCCUUGGUGUCAUUCCAUCAUUACAGGAUUCUUAUCCUUGCCUCUGUAGAGAUCCAAAGCAAAGGUUGAUUUCCAGGUAGUGGGCUUUGCCUGUUUCAUUAAACUGCAUAAAGAUGUCAAGCAUAUAGUUCAUCUUUUUUCAAAAGCAUUCUGACCAACAUAGGAGAUUUUUAAUUAACAUUGAUUUUUUUUUUAAUGUUAUAGAAUACUGGAGCUGCUGUAAUAGAUCAGGUGAUUAAGCUUGGCAAUGAAAAUUGCCAGAAAUGACUGAUGACUGUAUUUUGGCCUGGUGGGGGGCAGGGGUGUGUUUGGGGAGAGGGAAAUGCAGAUUCAAUCAAAGCUGGUAGUAUUUGUGUGUUUAUGUUCUGCAUUAACAAAUGCUGGUGUGAAUGAUUUGUGUUCUGUUUUGCACAUAAUUGCAGUCCAAAUUCUCAAUGUUUAGAAUUAACUUCUUUCUAAUUCCAUGUUGCAAGUCUUCACCUUUCUUAUUAAAACAUUAGAUGUAUGAGGAGCCUAAUAGGAUUUCUUUACUCAGAAGGUAAAUGCAAAUGAUCUUUUAUGCAAUUAGCAUUUAAUAACUAAAUAUUACAGAAUACAUGUAUCGUAAUUGUCCUAAUUGCGGGCUGUGUUUCAAUAAUAUAUAGUCAAAAGGAUUGUAAAAAAUAUUUGGGGAGUUGGCACACUCAGUAUAAGGUGUACACUACAAUUUAUUUACUGUUUAAUUUUGGAAGUUGUUAAUAAAUUUGUUGACUAUGAUGCAAAAUAGUUUGGAAUUUGCUACAAAAUGAUAGUAUUAGCUGUUCUUAUUUUUUGUUCCUUUUUAUUUCUUUAUUUGUGCCUCCUGAGUGUGAAAAGGCAGUGGGGAGAAUGAGUUACUGGCCUGGAUCUCUCUGAGUUUAACUUGUCUCUUGCUCUUGCAGCCUGUGUUCCUUAUUCCCCCAGCUUCUCUGCACUUGGAAGGUCAAUCUCGCUGGCCGAGAGCAUCUGGCAGUUGAGUGCAGCCCUGACAGCUCUUGGGGCUCCAACACUGCUACCAGCUGAAGUGAGAAGGGAGAAUAAGAUCCACCCAUAAAACAGUGGGUACAAGCUCAAGUGACCCAGAUUUGAUCUAAUCAUGAGUGUUGUUUCAGUGGAUGUGCAACUUGCUCCAAUGCGCCAAAGCUCUGCUGGCUGGUGUGUUAAUUCAGUGCUUUAAGUUGUUUCUGGUAUAGUUUAGGUGGCAGGAAAAUUGGGGAAGGGUGACUGUUCAUGGGUGGUGGGGGAAAUAAUUGGGAUGUUUAUUUUGGGUGCUUGGUGGUCAGCAUGAAAAUGGUGAGCCAAAGGGCAUGAUUGUUAUGACUGUGGAAAUCCUUGCGCCUAUCUAAUGUCAUCAUCUGUGCUUCUUUCAGUUUCUGAAUGCCUGAUGUUUCAAAGAAUUGUUUAUUUUUUUAUCAAAUGUAAGUAAUGAGUUUACAAAAUCUAGAAAUCCUGUUUUAAGGAAAAGGUUUAAAACACCUAAAGAUGAUUUAACUAAUUAAAAAUUCUUGUUUGUGUUUCACCUGAUUGUAUCUCACCGUGGAGGUGCAGGUGUAGUGAGAACACUGUUAGUGGGAGGAACAGGGAAAGUUGUGCAAUUACAAGACACAUGACAAAAUGAACAUGGAGGCAAAAUGAACUGAAAAGGCCAACUUUGUGCUUAGUUUGCAAUUUAUUGGGUGGGUGAACUGAGAUCAAGUUUGGAGUGCACUGAUUUUUCAAGAUCAGAGAAGGACAUUUUUUGCCUUAUUUUAACACUGAAAUUGGAAGGAGGAAUAAAAUCAAACGGAAGUUGAGAGGUAAGAAGAUUUAUAGCAUUGAUAAUAAAAAAUAUCAUAGCUUGCACUUUAAGGCAACUUUUUCAUUAAACUGUCAAACAAAGUGAAAAAUGAAAUGGAUUUGGCAGGAGCAAUUUUGACAUUGAACAAAAUGUUGGUGCUGAAAGAAGAAAAGUGUAUGGCAACACAGGCCCCUAUGAUAGUCUUGGGGAACAGGAGGAGAAAUGGUUCAAGGAACACUGUUAUAAAUGUCUCUGUGCUUCUCCAUGGAUGGAUCCAAGACAAGAAAGUUGGAAUCCAUGUGAAAGAUGUUUGAGAUGAAUGGUUACUAAGAACUUUGUAACUAUGAAAGGAAUUUUAAAUAGAAAGUAACUAUUACCCUGUUUCCUCUUAAAAACCAAUAGAUUUGCUUGAGUAUGGGAAUAACAAGGUUGAAGUCACUUGACCUGGAGCAGUAAACCACAGACUAUUGUAUUUUGUAACUCUAAAAGCUAACCAAAAGAAAAAAAACACAUGAGCCUGUAAAUUCUUGUGUGUAUUUGGCUUUCUUCUUUCAGUGAGGCACUCAGAUAUGACAUGGUGGCAUGAUAACGUAAGCCAUUCAUGUACUUCUUGUAUUUAACCCAUAAUAAAUUAUGUAAACAAGAAAUCUUAAUUAAGCAAUAUAUUUACAAUGUUACUCAAAUGACUGGAAUAUUAAAUACACAACACACUUUCCCAACAAUUAGGCUGAGAGAUCUGUGUGCCAGCAGAGUCAGGGAUGUUAAUGAGGAGAAACAACCCCGGACAGAGUGAUGAGCACAAAUUGUCUUUGUCUCUCAAAAACCAAAGAUGACCUGGAUAUUCUGGGAAUCUGUGGAGAGCGAAAAUCAUCUAACGUUGUAGGACAAAGAUCUUCAUGCCUUCUGUGAAACCACAAUGUCUGACCUGCUGAGUGAUUUUACCAUUUUUUCUAUUUUCAUUUUAAUUUGAUUUUUGGUGUGCUCCACAGCAGGUGGGUUUGUAAGCAGAUGAUCUGAGGCAAUCAGAAAUCUAGUGUCUCAUUUGUUAAAGUUUUAUUUGCUAGAAAUUUGCUCAAUCUUUCUUUUUCUCUUUAUGAACAUUGAAUUCAUUAUUUAAUCACUUUGGUAAUCAUCAUGUUUUGAUUUUAUACUUGGUUAAGGUGAAGAAAGUUGUUCAACCUGUCCAUCUCUUGCUCUUCAGCAACUUCAAGCUCAAAAUAUUCAUA